AUGUUCGGACGUACACAUUACCCAGCUGAAUUUAUUUAUUCACUCAGGAAGAAGAUAUCGGUUGAAACAGGUUCGGUCAUCUUCGCUGAUUUGCUGGCACAUUUGAAUUUUAUAAAGGAAAAACUUUUAGCACCUAAUGAACGGAACCAACAGACAUAUUUUUUAAAGCAGUUACUUUUGGAAUGGAUGUGGAUCCCACAGCAAAAUUACCGAGAACUUCAAUUUGUGCAGCUUCAUCCAGUACACUCGAUCUUGUGUGAUUUAUUGCACACUAAACCAGUUUUCCUAAAUUUUUUCACCAGUUCGAAAUUCAUAAUGAACAGCGAAGCUGAAAUAACCGCCGAAGAGACCUCCAAGCCUUCCGGAAGUAGCAUAGUUUUCGAAGCUUCGACUCAAACGCCCACAAACGAAGUAUGCGACUCACCGCUCUUCACACAAAAAGGAUACUGCCUAAAUACCAAGGACCACAGCACUCUGGCUCUAAAUAAUAUACAAAAAAUGAGAGAGCACGGUCAAGAAUACGGAUUACAAGAUCCCAUUGGUUUAAUGGCUUACCCAUUCAUGCUAUGCUAG